GAAGAAGUGAAUGUAAUUGCCAUCGACUGGAGUUUAGGUGCUCGAGUCCCUUACUACAUACAAGCAGCAGUAAAUACUGAAUUGGUAGGCGCAGAGGCAGCGGUUCUUUACUACAGGAUUAAAGACAAACUUGGAAUCCAAGAGAAAGAUCUCCAUCUCAUCGGUUUCAGUCUGGGUGCCCAUGUUGUUGGCUUCAUUGGAAAGAGAAUGCAAGAAUUACGCGGAACUAAGCCUGGAAGAAUUACAGGCUUAGAUCCAGCCAGCCCUCUAUUCGAAGAUGAAGACGAAAGUGUUCACUUAUCAAAGGACGAUGCUGAAUUCGUGGACGUUGUGCAUACAAACGCUGACGCUAUAUGGUACGGUGGCGUCGGUAUAGAGAAACCCAUAGGACACGUUGAUUACUAUCCAAAUGGUGGCAAGAGGCAACCUGGAUGCCCAAGUACUUUAAAAGGAGUUAUUUUCGAUAUGUUUA